AUGAUGCUUAUGAACUCCUUCUUACCGCUUGCAACGCAACAUUAUCCAGCAUACACGCCACCGCGAUCAUCACCACUUUCCGAGCGCUCCGCGAAUGCAGCCCCACGAUUAUUCGACUUCAGUAUGGCGUCUCAGGGGAACGAAAAGAAACCCCCAGUGCCUCAACGCGCGUAUAAAGCCAAUCCUAUCAUACAGACGCGCGACGCUGCCACGAAGAGACGGAGAGACAUGUUCUUUCGACGCGUGCAGACUGCACGUGAGGAUAAAAAGUGGGAGGCGCGUGGGGAGCAGAUCCAACAAUUAGAUUUCGUGUCGGAGCGCAAGCGUUGGGAAGCUGAAAAAGCGCGUCAAGCACCACCCGAGUAUGACGACAUCGACGAAGAAGCACUAGAAGACACGGCACUCCCAGAGUUGCCGAACUACGCACCGCAAUUUGAACAGGAGAUGACAGAGGCCGAUUAUAUUGCUGCACAGGAGGAGUACGAGCUGCAGCAGUUGGUCGCCACGAUGGAACAGGAGUCAGACACGAGGUCGCAGUACUACGGGAGUGAUGAUGAUGAUUACGAUUCUAUAUUCAUGGAGUGUGCGACAAGCAUGGACCAGGACUACCAGCAGCAACCGCCGCACGAGAAUACAGGGGUUGAAGACAUGGACGCGAUGGAUAUGGAUAUGACGGAUGGUUGA